AUGUCGCUGCCGUACGCCAUCGACGCCGAGCAGCCCCUCACAGCGUCGGAGCUCGACGUGCUGCGUGGGCAGUACGAGCGCGAGCUGAACCAGGGCCACGCGAGCACCCAGACCAAGUUCAACUAUGCCUGGGGCCUCGUCAAGAGCAAGCGGCGCGAGGACAUGGCGCUGGGCGUCGAUCUCCUCACUGAAAUCUACCGGAGCGAUCCGCCGAGGAGGCGCGAGUGCCUGUACUACCUCUCGCUGGGCCACUACAAGAUGGGCAACUUCGAAGAGGCCAAGCGCUUCAAUGCUCUGCUGAUGGAACGGGAGCCGCACAACCAGCAGGCGCAGAGCCUCAAUGCGCUCAUCGAAAAGGGUGUGGCGCGGGAGGGCUACAUCGGCAUGGCCCUCAUGGGUGGCGCAGCCGCCGUUGGAGGCGUCCUCAUUGCUGGACUUUUGAGAAGGGGAGGCAGGCGGUAGACGAGGUCAUCCCUGCCGCGCUCGCUUGCGCGUACACUGCAUCGUCCCCGAGAGAGAGAAGAGAGAAGAGAAAAACAUGUAGUAUUACAGUAGUGGGUUGUGGCGCACAAGCAACGCGGCAUAGCUGGGCCCUCUCUAAUGCACCGAAUUGCUGUUUGAG